AUGUCUCAGCCAAUCCUGUCAGAAUUCGACAUCGUUUUUGCUGGAGGCGGUGCUACAGCCUGUGUUGUCGCAGGUCGCUUAGCUGCAUAUGACCCCUCGCUCAGGAUCUUGAUUCUGGAAGCGGGUCAACACACCCUCAAUAAACCUAUACAUGUCCAACCCUACCAAUAUCCCCUCAAUUCAGUACCGACGAGCACCACGGUCACAUUCCACAUGGGAAAUCCAUCACCUCGUCUCAACGGCCGUGCGCCGAUCGUUCCUUCCGGUCGUUGCGUCGGUGGAGGCUCAUGCGUGAAUUUUAUGGCAUAUACCCGUGCACCUGCUUCGGACUAUGACGAUUGGGGAGUCGAUGGUUGGGAAUCUGAAAAUCUAAUCCCCCUCAUGAAGAAGCUGGAGACAUAUGAGGUGCAGUCCGAUCGCCCAACUCACGGCUAUGACGGACCUAUCAAAGUGUCAUCUGGUGGGUGUAAGAUGGGUAUCGCCGACGAAUUCAUCCAGGUUGGCACGACCUAUCACAAGAGGCAGUAUGCCGACGACACGAAUGAUUUAGAAACAUGCAAUACAUACAGUCCAUGGCGGAAAUACAUCGACGGGACAACCGGAAGGCGUUCCGACGCAGCUCACCACUAUGUCUACAACCAAGCUCACAACCCGAAUUUACAAGUCUGGGACGGCAAGCGCGUGAAACGCGUCAUCUUCGAAGACAAGCGUGCUUCGUCGAGUAUUGUGAGAGCAUCAAAACUUGUUGUUAUCUCUGCUGGGGCAUUCGGCUCCCCGACCAUUCUGGAGAGGUCUGGGAUCGGUGCUGAGGCGAUCCUCAAGCGGUGCGGUAUCAAGCAACUAGAGCUUAGCUUAGGACGGUCAGAUCACAAUCUCGUCUUUGUUCCAUACUUGGCUGCUGACGAGGCUGUCACAAUGGACGCCCUCUGGCGUGGGGACAGUCUCCUGCAGGAAAGCCUUGCGGAAUGGAACAGCAGCGGCAAGUCAUUGAUUGCACAAAACGGCUUCGAUUCAAAAAUCAAGUGGCGUCCUGAUGACGAGGAAUUGAAAGCCAUGGACCCAGUUUUUGAACCACGCUGGAAGGAGUUCUUCCAGGACCGGCCAGACAAGGCUGUUGCCAUAUUUUAUGUUUUUGCAGGAUAUGUUCAACCGCUCUCGAGGCCGCUCAUUCUACCUCCACGCAACUACAUGACUGCUUGUAAUUCUACACUUUACCCCGUGUCUAUUGGAAGUGUCCAUGUCAACGUGACAGAUGACGGAAAAGAACGAAUGGACUUUACUACAGGCUUCCUAGAUGAUCCAUCCGAUAUCGUUCCUCUUAACUUCGGGUACAAAAAGAUGCGCGAACUUCUUCGACGCAUGGAUUCCUACCGAGGUGAAGUCGCUGCUGGCCAUCCUGAUUUCCCGGAGGGAAGUGCUGCAGCCUGCAGAGAAGCUUCCGGGCCAGUGGACUUGAAUGCGCCUGACAUCGUCUACACUGCCGAAGAUGACGAGGCGAUCGAUCGAUUCCACCGCGAUAUCGUGCAAACGACAUGGCACUCGCUUGGGACUUGUGCCAUGAAACCGGAGACAGAUCAGGGAGUCGUCGACGCUCGGUUAAAUGUAUACGGAGUGUCGAACCUGAAGGUCGCAGAUCUGUCCAUUUCGCCGUUGAACGUUGGAACGAACACGUACUCGACAGCACUUCUCAUCGGAGAGCGGGCUGCGAUGAUCAUUGCUGAAGAAUUGGGUAUCACUUGUAUUUGA